AUGCCUUCUAAAGGAAUAAAACAACACAACUGGUCAGAAAAUAAUAUGUUAGAAGCAGUUAAGGCAGUACAGAGUAAAAGAAUGGGCUACCUUCUCGCUGCAAAGACUUUUAGCGUUCCACGGGCUACCCUCUUCAGAUAUUGUCAAAUUCUUAAAGAUGAUCAAAAUCUAAGAAAACAAACUAGGAAGAAAACCAAUAUUAUCGCAAGAAUUAGAGCAAAAGCUGGUUGA